AUCGACGUGAGUUUUGUUCUGUUCUUGUUCUCUUUCUUCUGUUCUUCAUGUUUUUCUCCCUGUUGAACUCAAAUUCCAAUGAAUAACUUUUUAUUUUAUUUUUUUUGUGAGGGAUUCAUGUAAAUCUUGAGAUCCAGAUAAAUCGAAGAAGAGGGUGAUGAAUCUGGAAGCCAAUUGAGCUCUGAAAGAUGAAGAAAUCAGAAGAAAUAGAAAUUAGGGUUUCUGCUAGAAUUGAAUAAGUUGUUUUUAGAAUAUGCAGAUGGAGAUUAGAGAUGGGUAUUGUGUGUUGAGAGUAAGGGAGGAGAUUUAGCUACUGAUUCUCAACUCACAUGGAAGAAUUAGUGAAUUAGGGUUUUAUGAGAAUCAGUGAUGUCCAUGAGAAAAUUUAUUUUUCCGUCCGCUGCGGAUUUUUUCUUAUAUCGAUCUAAAAGAGAAAGCAUCCUCCUUCUUUCACACUUUCUAUUAAAAGCUCCGAGCCCGAGCACAAGAAACAGAAGACCGUGCUCAUGGAUUUUAGGGCGCGUUUCAAAGGGUUUAUGAAGAAUUAGAAGAUGAGUUCAAUGGAAAUCAACAGGUAGGUAAUGAGGUGCUGGUUGUCUGUUUCAAAUAUGAGGGAAAAUGAUUGAGAAAUUAAGAGAUAGAUGAAGCAGAUGGAUUUGAUCUGAGAUUUGAGAAUCAACGAAUUGUUGGUAGUAAUGUUCUGAUUAAUUCAGUUCUAUGAUUUGACGGAGAUGGUGAUUCAGAAAACAAUCAAUCAAGAAGGAAAUCACUAAUUCGUCUUUGCAGGGAAUUAGGUUUGGGACAUCAAGUCUCUCCAUACUUCCAUUGUGGAAAACUAAAUCCGGGAUUUGUAAGGUUAUUGAAUCGGGAAAUGAUGCAGAACCAGAUGAUGUAGAGAUAAAAGGACCUGAACUUAAUGCCAAAGAUGCCAAAUGAUUCUAAACUCCCUGGAAACUAUUGAGAAAAUAAUUGCUGGAGGUCAGUUGGAGAAACUGAAUUUAAAGUUUAUUUGAGGAAAAUUGGAUUGGGAUUAACAGGGAAGAAAAACGUUCUUAUGGAUCGAAUUAAGGAACAUCUUGGGAUCAUAAAUGGUGGUGGAGAACAGAAGUAUCUGGUGUCUAGCUUUGUGUACAACUGCAAAGGCUGGAAAUCAUUUCAUGCCUCAUCUGAAUCAGGACAAUGGAGAAAGGUGUCAUGUAGGUGGAAGAUAGAAUAUGCUGAUGUUAUGAAUUGGAACUGCAUACCUAACUGGAAUCACUGCAUUUUUGAAGCCUAUAACCAAUAUUGUUCUCUAUUAAGAAAGUUUAAUUGUAAGCUUCAUAGAUGCUUCGUCUAUGCAAGGAAACAUCAAAAUAAAGAGCUCAGUAUGAGGUGCCCUUGGUUUUACACUUGAUGGAUACGAAAACUUCUGCACAGGUGAUAUAUGGUCAGGUUCUGAAGGUGACAUAUAGAAGCAAGCCACAUCAAAUCAAAAAUCUUAAGCAUGCAUCGGGGCCACACCAAAUCAAAGAUCCUAAGCGACGGGGCAAGGCGAAGCCGCACCAAUCAAAAAUCCUAAGCUACAGGGCGGGGCGGGGCAAAUCCCUGGGACUAAAUCAAAAGUUUACUGGUGUUAUUAUUCAAUCGAUGUUAUGGCAUAGACGUUAUAUAAAAUGUUUAUCUCAUAAGAUGGUGAUUAGAAGUUUUUUCUCCUUUUAAAUUUGUGUUGCCUACUGCUUAAAUGGAAAUGGAACUUUCUAUGUUGAGCAAGGAAAAUUCAAGCUCUUAUAUAUGUGGACUUGGCGUUACACGUUCUUUGAUCCCCCUCGGACUUCUUUCCAGGUGCUGCGAUAAAUUUCUAAGGAAGACCUAAUAAAUUAAUAAAAGCAGAUUAUUUUGUAAUUUUUCUAACUCAGGCUACUGGGCACUGCACCUGUUAAUUUGUUUGGGUGUUGGUGUUCGCUAUUUUAUCAUUUUGUUUGCUACCUAUUAUAUGCCUUAAUUAUA